UGGGUGCGGGAGCUGGCCAGUGAGCGCUCCCGCCCGCGGUGCCUGGAGAGACGACGCGGGAGCAGGUGGAGGCCUAAAGAGGCCAAGAGCCCCGCAGGACCCUGCUCCAAAGAUGACCUACUAUGAGAAAUGCAUUGAGAUUGUGAUAAAGCAGCUUGACAAGUUUAAGCCUGAGAAGGACAAUCCUGAGCAAUUCCUGGAGACAGUAUUCACCUCCUUACAGCAGACUCUGAACCCCCAGAAGCUUGGGUUUGUUUUGGAAGUUCUGUCUGGAUGCCUUCAAUACCACAAGUUACUGACCAUCGUGGUGGAUGCCUUCUAUGCACGGGACGGCCAGCUCUGCCUGUGGUCUGACUACAGCCUCUUUGAGGUGAUCUGCUACCUGGCCACCUUCCAGAUAGAUGAGCUCGGCUUCCAGCUCUUCUGCAGCAUCAUCAAGUCCCAGCCUGUGGGUAAGAUUUGCAAGUUCCUCAGAUUCUUCUUUAACCCCUUGAACCUGUGUUCAUGGAUCAGAGACGAGUGGAGCCUCAUCUAUGAAACGGCCCAUGUGACAGAGAACUGGAUUGACCCUCUGAUGAGAUGGCAGCCAGAAGUCCAGGAGCUGAUCAAACAACUGGAGGGAGUACCAACCGAUCAAAUUACUCCCUUGAAGACCAAGGCCAAAGUUACAGUGCCCAAGGAAUUUAACCUGACUGUCCCAAGGCCCCGCGCCAUUACAAUGCCUGAGCCUGUCCCCACUAUGCCCAAGCCAAGACCUGUCCCUCAGAGUACCUAUCAGGAGCCUAAGGAACAGAAGCUUCUUCAGAUGAUCAAGACAUACAACCGCCGGACAGCUGAGGAGCUGCUGCUGAAAGCGAACAUGGAAGAACUACGGUGUGCCAUGCCCCGGUUGCAAAGGGAUCCACAAGUACAGGACGAGAAGAAGCAGCUGUGGCAUCAGUCUGUACCCCGAAUACAUAGGACCCCAAAUCUGACCUUCUACAAGCCUAACAACCUCCCGGUCAAGCUGAACACAGCCACCAUCCUUCGAGAAGGGGCCUUAUACCAACGGCAGGUGGAAAAGGAGCUGCAGAGAGUUGAUAAACUUGUGGAUGGGGCUGGGGACUUCUCUGAGUUCCUUGAGUGGCAGAAGAAGAUGCAGGCAAAGGACCUGGAGGAGCAACUGGCUGCAGGCGAGUGCCGGCGGCUGCAGGGGAAGCUGAGCCACGAGGAGGCCAUCUUGGCCCGGCAGAACCUCAUGCAGGAAAAUAAGCAGAAGGCUGACCGACAGAAGGAGGAGACAGCUGAGCUAAUGCUGCAGUGUGCUGAGAGACGCCUCCAAGAGGAGAAAGCCAUGAAAGAGCUGGUGGAGCAGGUCACAGAGGCACAGAAGAAUGUCAAGAUAGUCCAGACGAAGCUUGUGAAGGGCCGGCAGCAGAUAGUUCAGGAGGUGAUAGAGGAGAGCCGGGAGUUACUACAGCGUAGCACAAAGGAAGCCAAAGAGGAGCAGAAGAGACGCUGUGAGCUCAUCGCUCAGCUUCGUGCGCUGGAGACACAGCCCACACGCAAGGGGAAGCUGGUGGACCUUACCCAGAUCCCAGGAUAUGGUCUGGAAGGUGAGAUGUCUGUUGUGGAACUUCGAGAGCGGCUGGCCAUGCUCAAAGAGACCCAGAAACGAGAGCAGGAGGAGAAGCGGGAUCAAAUCAUCCAGGGCAAGCGAGCCAAAAGCCAAAUGAUACAGAACACAGUGGAGCAGAUCUCCCUGUGCCGUGCAGCAAUGGGCAGGACCGCAGCCCUGAGGUGGGAGGAAAAGAAGGCCCAGGCUACAAGCCUGGGGACACCCUGCCAGGAUGAGCGCGUGCUGGAGCUGAAGCGCAAAAUGGAGGAGAGGGCAGCUGAACGCCGCAGGCAGACACGCAGGCAGACAGCACCGCAGCUUGUGUCACCGGCCCGGGCCCUACGCCCAAAUCUGCGGGCGCAGGAAGAGAUGCAGCACUGGCUGGAGCUGGAUCAGAGUCGUGAGCGCAGGCUGCGGGCAAUGCAAGAAGCAGGUCGCACCUGCCACGCUACCCAUCACCUGGAGGCCUCCUGAGCCAACUGGCAGCCCCACGCCAACACUGCGUGCGGCUGCGGACGUGAGCCCCCGCCCCUGCCCCUCUGACAGUGGCUCUCUUCCUGUACUCCUGCUACAAAGCCAACUCUCUCCCCAGCUCCAGCCUGCCCCUGUAUGGUUGCUCCAGAAAAAAAAAAAAAGUGUGGUGACAUUUAGAAAUGCUAAACAAAUAUGUAAUCUUCCUCAGGAUUGGAACUGGCUACCACGUUUUAUAUGCUAAACCUGGCUCUUCCCUGUGUCCAGCAAGUCUUUUCAUAGGAUUGGAAGCCAGAGCCACCCAGAGCCAACGGAUAUGCCUGGGACCCGGCAUAAGUGUGGGAUUGAGAAUGCAGUCAGAUUCUUAAGCAUAAGCUUGGGGCUGGCCCUUCUCAUGUCUCAUGUGGGUCAUCACAAUGAUCACAUCACUCACCAACUAUAGCCCACUCAUCUCCUGUUCUGCUUAAUAAGGCCACCUGUCCUCAAAGAGGUGACUCUGGCUUAAGCUAAUUGCAAGUACCUUUCAGGGCCCUCUACAUUAUCAUCAUGAGCCCAAAUCCAACAAAACUGGAGACCUUGGGGACAGCAGCUCAACAGGGCAAUCAGAUGAGCUCUAAGUUUCUGGCCUUAAUGCUGCUCUGUGCUGGUCUUUAAUAAUAAGUGUGUGGAAUGAAUGCCUGCAGGUGAAACUUAGCCUGAAGAAUAAAGCUGCAUUGUGAUGUGUUCUUAGGAAGAAGAUGGUGACAAGUCUUGGAGAGGGAAUAAAGCAAGGAGAAACCACUAGAUGGGUAGAUAUUCAGGACAGAGAUGACAUCACCCCCUGGCCAUCCUCCUUAGGCCUGCAUAGGUCCCUCGGGUGGUAAGGCUGUAUACCCCAGGGUACUUCAGACCAAGAAAGUCUCUUAGCAUUGACAGGAACAAAUUUGUCUCAGAGUUCUAUCCCAGUAGAGUAGAACUAGCAGAAUUCCAAGGCUCUUGUGCAACCCUGGCAGGGGAGUGGGAGGUGUUUAGGGGUUGCUUAGGGACAAAGGAAUCCUUGUCUCCCUGUUGAAUUAGAAUUGGGGGCAGAUUCAGUUUUACUUAAAUUAAGAAUCAUAUUUC